ACCUAAAUUUCAAAAGCACACACUCAUUUGCUCCACUCAACUAAAGUUAACAUUACAACAACUACAAAAAGUAACAAAGACAACACUAGUGUAAAAUAUUCGCCACAAAUAACAAGAAAUUGCCUAAAUUCUUAGCAAUUGGCGCUUUAUUGUCGCCAAUUGUAACCGUGUAGAACAAAAAAUUAAAAUAAAAAAUAAUCGUCUUAGUUUGCCGAAACCCCACCACCACAACAACCACAAAGUGUUUGUUAAAUUUCUUUUAAAACUGUUUGCGUUAAUACCAUCAAAAUAUCUUCAUUCGAAGAAGAUUAUCGGGCUGAUCGGCCCAUGGUGCAACGUGCAUCAUCUUCAGAUGUUCCCUCGGUAUCGGGAGGCCAUCGAGAGUCUCGAUUUGGCCUCGGUUAUUCAUCAUAUCAAAGUGGAUACAAUAAAUUAUUUACACAGGGUUCUGCCGACUCCAAUUAUUCACAACCGUCAUCCGAUCUGUCGCUAGACGAGGAAAAGGAAUCGCUUCGGCGAGAUAAGGAACGUCAGGCCUUAAGCCAGUUGGAUAAAGCGAGAACUAAACCAGUUGCGUUCGCUGUGCGAACAAAUGUUGCUUACGAUGGCACCAUCGAUGAUGAUUCACCAGUGCAGGGUAAUGCCGUGUCCUUCGAUGUUAGGGAAUUUCUACACAUUAAAGAGAAAUACGAUCAUAACUGGUGGAUUGGUAGAUUGGUUAAAGAAGGCUGUGAUGUGGGAUUCAUACCCAGCCCCGUUAAGCUAGAACACAUACGAGUGCAGAAUCAAAACCGACCCUCAAGACUGUAUGGUACAAAAGGCUCAUCCAGUGGGAAUUUAGGCGGCGGCGGUCAAGCAGGUGCGGAGCCAUCACGAGGUAGCACACCCCCUACACCUGGUGACGAAUCAGAUUCCAUGGGACCAGGACGUGGCAAAGCAACACUCGCCACACCGCCCAACAAGGAGAAACGCAAACCGUUCUUCAAGAAACAAGAGACCGCAUCCCCAUACGAUGUUGUGCCAUCGAUGCGUCCCGUCGUCUUAGUGGGUCCAAGUUUAAAAGGUUACGAAGUAACCGAUAUGAUGCAAAAGGCUUUAUUCGACUUCCUGAAACAUCGUUUCGAAGGUCGUAUCAUAAUAACACGAGUCAUGGCCGAUAUCUCGCUGGCGAAACGUUCCAUCAUGAAUAAUCCCUCGAAGCGUGCCAUCAUGGAGCGAUCGAGCAGUCGUUCCGAUUGCCUCAGCAAAGUGCAGGAGGAGAUCGAGCGAAUAUUCGAAUUGGCCAGAACGUUACAAUUAGUAGUACUCGAUUGUGAUACAAUCAAUCAUCCGUCACAACUAGCAAAAACUUCACUAGCACCAACAAUAGUUUAUCUUAAAAUUAGUAGUAGUAAGGUUUUACAGCGUUUAAUCAAAUCACGUGGUAAAUCACAGGCAAAAAAUCUUUCCGUACAAAUGGUAGCCGCUGAAAAAUUGGCUCAAUGUCCACCGGAAAUGUUUGAUGUUAUCCUAGAUGAAAAUCAAUUAGAAGAUGCCUGUGAACACAUUGCUGAAUAUUUAGAGACCUAUUGGAGAGCCACUCAUCCAGAUACUAAUACGGCUGCCUCUAUACCUAGACCAUUACCUCAGGAAGCUUCACCUACCACAGAUCAAGCCCGCAUGGGUCCUACACCACCCGUGGAUGGGGGAGAAGAUCAAAGGGAUUAUAGAAUGAGCUCAAUAGAGCGUGAGGGUAGUCGCGAGAGAGAUAUUUCGCGUGAGCGUGAAACUAGCCGAGAUGCUGACUAUGAGCGUGAGUUUUGGGAUAAUGAAUUCUCGAAGGGUCGUCGUACGCCACGUGAACGUCAACGAGAUUUGGAAUGGGAACGCGAGCGAGCAAGAGAAUGGGAAAGAGAACGAGAAAGAGAUUGGGAUAGAGAAUUCGAUUGGGACCAAGGAGGUGCUUCCUAUCCACAUAAUCGUCGUCCAGCCUCUGGUCGUCAUCACGAACGUGGUGGUGUCGCCUAUGAACGUGAUCGUAUGGAAAGAGAACGUGAACGAGAUCGUUAUGAACGUGAACGUGAGAGAGAACGUUUGCAUGCCCGCGACCGUGAUUUGAUGCAUUACGAUCUGAAUAGUGAGGAAUUGUUAGAUGAACGUAGCUAUGCUGCCGACUAUCCACCACAUCGAGCGGUAGGAGCGGUAGGGGGCGGUGUUGUGGUUGGUGGCCCCCAUGGCCAUUUAUCUCGAGGCAGUCGUUUGGUUAUGGAUGAGGCUGAACUUUUGCAUGAACGUGAAGAUCUGAGGGCAGGCCGUUAUUCGGCUGGGGCAACAGCGCGUGUUAUAGAUCCCAGAGAUUUACCACCUUCGGCGCCGACAACAAGACGCGGUGCUCCGGUGGUUGAUCGCGAUGAAUACAGUCCGCACCGAGGUGGUGGGAGUAGUAGGAGAAUGCUGAAUGCCAUGUAG